AUGCCAUCAAUGUGCAAGUCGUUGGGAGCCACCAUUGACGUUGCAGCAAGCGUCGCACAACCAUCGCCAACCGAGGGAGAUGCCUCCUCAGGAAAACUCAACCUUGACACCAGCGAUCAAGAUCUGGAGAAGAGGUCAGCAUCGGGUCACAUCGUGGACUGGCGUUUCAGGAAGAAGAAGCAAGGGGCCAGAGAUGGCCUUGAGAUCGAACGACGGAAGAACUCGCCAGAGUCGAGGAUUCCUCGGGGAGAGACUAAAGAGCUAGGGAGAUCGACUCCUAGCCGUCGGGACAAAGACUCGCCGCCGGAGGAGAGGAGCGUCGAGGUCUCGCCCCGUUUUUGUCGAUCAAAUCGCCAGCUGCAGACCUGGAUAUGGAAUCGAAGAAGGAGAAGAAGGGCGCGCGAUCAAUGA